GCGGUACCAGUGCAAACUGACCAGGGGUGUUUUAAGGUCGUUUAGCUUCUUCGAUAGCGAACACGAAACGCACACAACUCGCGCAGGCAAUGGCUGGUGAAAUGGUACUGGCAGGUUGUCUAUUCGCAUUGUUACUUGUGGUGCCGGGAUUGGAUGGAUCCUACCCAAGUGCUCUCGGACAGGAGAAUGUGUUUCCACAUGCGCUAAAAAACGUUCAUUCUCUGGAAGAAAGAGGUCAAUUUAAAGCGUCUCCGGAAUACAAUGAACAUCCCCAAGUUGGAGAGUAUCAGCAGUCGGUGGUCGGUCAGCAGCAUCACCCGCACCCGCACCAGUUGUAUCACCCAGUCCAGCCCGAACAGCAUCUCUUCCAGCCACAUCAGCAGUAUCUAGUUCAGUCUACGUACAAUGUUGGAUCUCACCAGGAACACCAUCCGGUGGCCCACUCGCACCUUCAGCAGAGUAAACAACGCCAUACAGCACUACCGUACAACAAUCAGCGUUUGCACGUGAAGGUCGAUCAUCCCGGCGCGUCGCAUGGUUUCGCCCAUCCAGUUGAUCCGGCGACGCAACAUCUUCGCCAGCAGCUGGCCCAAGAACCGAAGAAGGACUAUCGUGCAUUGAUUCCGAAAAGCAUCGCUCCGAAGCUGAACCCACUGCACCAUUCCUUUCACCAGAAGCGUAACUAUGUGCCACUGCAUCACAUCACGCGACAGGUGCCACUACCGGCGGCAAAGAUGAACCAAGCGCAGCAACAUCACUCCAACGGACAAUCUCAGCCUGUGCAGGCUGCACUGGCUGCUCCACCACCGAAACACAUUUCCGGAUAA